AACAAAUUGCAAUAUUGUAUAUGUAUGUAUAUAAGCCAGUUUCAAAAAAUAUAUAAUAAUAAUGUAUAAAGAGAAGCUGCAUGUUCAUCUUUUCUUAUUAUCCAAUAUCUUGCGAAAAAGAAUUAAUUAAGUUGUCAAUACAGUUUCUAUCCUAAAAUUCUAACCUAUUUAAUUUCUCUCAACUAAUUGUGAGUGUUAAGGUUUUCCCUGGUUUAAAAUAAAUAAGACAUUGUUUUAUUUAAAUUUGUUUUGCUAUUUUAUAGAAGCUGUUACAGCUAUAGUUAUGGGUAGACAUUGCUGUGUUUUGGGAUGUACCACGGGGGUAAGUUUACCCUCUCAUAUGUUUCCCAAAGACGCGAUUAUGAUGAAUAAAUGGAAGAAGGCUAUUUAUUCGGAAAAAAUACGAGAUCUGACCGAUGAACAAUUAAGAAAGUGUGUUGUGUGCUACAAACAUUUUGCUGACAGUGACUAUGAGGCAAUGUACAGAUUACGGAGAUUGAAACCUGGUGUCAUACCAACUUUAUAUCUGCCAGAUAAUGGUAAUGACAACAAUGAGGCGAGUAAUAAUAAUGGCAACGGGACAGAUAACAAUAAUUCUGAGAAGGAUAACAAUAAUUCCGAGACGAUUAUAACUAUAAAUACAAAAGAGAUAAAAAAUGAGCUAAUGGAUACAAAUUCAACUCAAAUUGAAGAAAUUCAAAUAAUAGAGCUCAUAGAAGAGAAACAGUUCACAGCAGAAGUAUCACAGAGUAUCCCAAUAGAAGUGUCACAAAAUAUCCCAAUAGAAAUAUCACAGAAUACUUCAAUAGAAAUGUCACAGAAUAUCCCAAUAGAAAUAUCACAGAAUACUUCAGUAAAAAUAUCACAGAAUAGCCCAGUAGAUAUAAAUCCUUUAAAAUUAGAUUCUCCUUUGUCGAAGAAUUCAAUGCACAGCUUUUCAGAUCUAUAUACUUUAUUGCAAGAAAAGCACUUUCACAAGUUUACACCGAAAAUAUGGAAGUUGUAUAAGCUAUCAUGCAUAUUAAAGAAAAAACAGGAAGUUGUAGUUAAAAGACAGUUGUCUUUUCGUGAACGUAUAAGGCAAGCCAAACAAUACAGUAAAAGUGCUGCCAUAGAAAAGUUAUUAUCCUCGUUAACACCUGUUCAACAAACAUUCCUUCAAAUGCAAAUAAAAACAACAAAGUACACCCCCAAGGAAAGACGUUUUACAUUAGAUGAAAAGAUCGCAGCCUUAUCUAUCAUGAAGCAAUCUAGUAAAUGUUAUCAAUAUCUGACACUAGUUUUCAACUUGCCCAGCAUGCAAACAUUAUGUUCUAUAUAUCAGAAGGUUAACAUUCACCCAGGUCCAAUUAAGUUUAUAAAUUGGCAUUUAAAGAAACAAGUAGAAUUAAUGAAGGAAAAAGAGAAAGUGUGUCUUUUAAUGUGGGAUGAAAUGCUAUUGCAACCUCACGUGGAUUACGAUACGAAGAAAAAGCAUAUUCUCGGUUUCGAAGAUUUUGGCAACAAGAGGAGAGCACGAUUCGCUGAUCAUGCGUUAAUCUUCAUGGUACGUGGCGUACAAAGCGGAUGGAAGUUUCCACUAGCAUAUUACUUUUGUGAUGGUACGACAAAAACUGAUCAACUCAUCGAAUGGAUUAAGGAUAUUGCUAAAAUUAUAAUUGACAGUGGAUUAUAUCUAGUCGCUUUUGUAUGCAAUGAUGGAAAAAGGAAUUUUACUGCUAUAAAUAAAAUGAAGUUAGAAUCGGCGAGGCUCAAAUCAAAACAAGGCCAGCUUUAUUGUGGUUAUAUAACAAUAAAAAAGCAAGAUAUAAUUCCGUUAUAUGACCCACCGCAUCUCAUCAAAGGUAUUUGCAAUCAUUUAUUAAAUAAUGAUUUGGAAUUUGAUCGUGAAGAAGGAGAAGAACGAAAAUUCGCAUCAUGGGAGAUCAUCGAGCAAGCAUAUCACAUGGAUUUGACUCAUAGCAUGUAUAGAUUGAUGCCGAAAAUCACUGCGGAGCACAUAAUAAAAAGUAAAAUGAAAAGAAGAAAAGUGAAGAACGCUGCGCAAGUUUUCAGUAUGACGAUGGGUGGAUUUAUACAUCAUCAUACCAAAUUAGAAGGACACGUAAAAACAAUAUACGGGCCAUUAAAAAUGCCGGAGAAGAAAGGACGGGAUACAGCAGAGAUAAUACUCUUUUUCGACCAACUAUUUGAUUCUCUGAAUGGACACACGUCAAAGCCAGAGAAGCCACUGAGAGUCGCCAUUUCGCAUAAUAGUCCACAUUUUCCAUUUUGGGAGAGAGCGAUAAGAAGGCUGCAAAGAAUGCGAUUUGUCGAUCGGUAUGACAAGAAUCAGUUAAGAGAUUCGAUCAUCCUAAAAAAUUGGAUUUCUACUAUAAAAGGGAUACGUAAGUUAUGGGGAAUUUUGAAGGCGUAUGAAUUCAAAUGUCUGAGGCCUCGGAUUUUGAACCAGGAUCCUCUCCGACAUUUCUUUAAGCAGAUUCGUUCGUUCGAGAUAAGAAAUAAAAAUCCUACUUGUGCAGAAUUCGAGAGUUCUUUUAAAACAUUAUUGAUCAACAAUUUGACAUCUCCUCGUACUGUAGGAAAUAACAGCGAGAAUAAGAUAGAUGGAUCGUUGUUAUUCACGUUGAAAGACUUUAUCUGCAGGGCGAAGAGCAAACGAAGCUACGAAAGAUCAUUGGAAGAUUUACAAAUGUUAGACCUGGAGUUCGAGAUGAAGCCUUUGGAAGCAACAUAUCUUAACAUUUGCAAUUCUAUCGCGUCAAGAAUUUUGAAUAAUUUACGCAUCAAGGAGUGCGACACCUGUAAGAAUCUCCUGACAGAUAUCACGAAAGCUGAUUUAGUUAGCAAUCAAAAUUUAUUAGAGGCAUUUAAUAAUGCCGACUAUAUGCUAACACGACAGAUGAGCAGCGUUUGUUACAGACAUCACACGGCGUUGAUGUUGGAAACCGAAUUAUACACACGAAUGGAUUUACGUUGGUUGAAUUGUCCACAGCAUAAUGUUCUGCUAAAAAAAUUUUUAGUAUCACACAUAGUUGCGUUUUACAUUUACAAAUGGUGUAACGAUAUAAAUGAUAUUCUAACGGAGAAAGAGCAAGGUGAUUCAUGAAACAUGUAACAAAGAUGUAACAAAUCAAAGCGCAUUUUAAUGAUAAAAUAUAAUUUAUAUUUUGUUUUAUGUUGUAUAGUAAAUAAAAUAUGACGUA